AUGUACCCAACUACACUGCACCCCAGCCCCGUCAAAGAUGGGAGGCGCGUUCUCGGUGAAAAGACCGCCAACGCGUGUCUGUCACCCGCUCACCAUCGGCCCGAUGCUUCGCCCAGCAAACGCCCACUCCUCGAACCACCUUCUCCCAAAAAGCUCCUUCCCUCUCCUUUAUUCGCUGGCCAGAAACGCACAAUUGAUCAAGUAGACGACCAAGCGAACAAUGUCAACGUGCAGGCUCAAUAUGGCGAGUCUCGGGCGGAAACACAGACGGUACACGGCGUGCAUAAUGAAGCUCUCACACACUCUACAGCUCACAAGGAUGAUCGGCCGGACCAACAACAAACAGACGCGACGGAGCUGGAUGGAGCUCCAUCACGGGAAUCAGAUAAACAACAGUCACCAACACACGCCACGCCGCUUGCCCAAAGCUCUAGACAAGAAAGAGAAGCAGGUUCAACACGAGCCGUCCCUGAAGACCCUGAAACACGGAAGUUAUUUAUCCAACAAAAAGCAAGCCUUCUUCGGAACCGAAUCCAGAAUGCCAUGCGUCACGUUAAAGAUCCUCAAUUUGAUCGCCGUCUGUCAGAACUAGAGGCCCACAGUCGCAAAUUCCCGCGUUUAUCACUCCUCGAAACGCUCACGCCCGGCCAUCAGAGGGAGGCGGUGACACCGCGCCGACAAGACGAAGACAUCAUGCCCUCCUCUAUCACACCACGUGCUCUUCAACCCGCCGUCGAGUUCAAGCUGAGAACCGAACCAUCAUUAAUUCCUCUCGGAUUAUCAUCGCCUCCCCUAUCGACAGAGAAUGACAGUUCCCAAGAUCCUAUGAAAACGCCUACACAAACUCAUCGCAGGACAGACACAGCAGGGUCUCUGAUGCAGCUCAGCAGUCCUCCAGCUACCGUGUCGCGAACCGGCCGCGGCAGAAUGAUGGGGGAAGUCGACGAGCAAGAAGAUGACAUCGAAGAAAGCCAACCCGAGAAACAGGCUGUUACACCAUCUCAAAGAGGAGAUGCUGUUGAUGGGCUCCUGAAGCUCAUGAACACGGCAGAUAAACGUGAAGCUGCGAACACCUGGACUGGCUGA